UAGACGUGUUUAGACCGCUAGACAGAUCUUCACCAACACUAUCUAGCCAUGCUGACACAUGGCAGAGGGCUUGCGUUGGUGGGCGUGGUGAAUGCCAUGCGCGUCAGUUCAGGCUUCUUUCUAGCGGCAGGCUUGGCGACGACGGGGGCAAGCCAAACAGGUUCGAACCACGUAAGCAACCAUCGGACUAUUAGCAGCGGCAGCAGCGUCAUCAUGUCCGCGGAAGAGGCAGGUGCCCCCAGUACCGCUAGGCGAGUGCUGGUGACCGGCGCCGGUGGACGUACGGGGGGUAUCGUUUUCGAGAAGCUCUUGGACAAGGAGGGUUAUGCCACGAAGGGCAUGGUUCGGACCGAAAAGAGCGCGAACAAUCUCAAGAAGAAGUGCAAGACCGAGGUCCUGGACAGCAACAUUGCUAUCGCGGACCUGACCACUCCCGGUUUGCUGGCGGCGGCCCUGGAGGGUAUGGAGGCAGUUGUGCUGUGCACCAGCGCCGUUCCGAAGAUCUACCCGUUUUCGAUCGCGAAGGUCAUGUUCAAGAAGAUGAUUCUUCGCUCGGAGGACCCGGGGAGGCCCAAGUUCUACUGGUGCGAGAACGGGACUCCGGAAGAGGUGGACUGGUUGGGCGCGAAGGCUCUUAUCGACGCCGCAAAGUCUGCCGGCGUCAAGCACUUCGUGUACGUGGGGUCCAUGGGGGGCACGCAGCCGGACAACUUCCUCAACACGAUCGGAAAGCAGGAGGACGGGACCGGCGGCGACAUCCUGUUGUGGAAGAGGGCGAAGAAUACCUUAUCGCGUCCGGAAAGACGUACACGAACAUCCACCCGGGGGGCCUCCUGGACAAGGAGGGAGGCAAGCGGCAACUGGUGCUUGACACGGACGACAAGAUGCUCGAGAGGAAGUCUCGGAGCAUCCCGCGCGCGGACGUCGCACAGCUCUGCGUGGAGUGCUUGGAGAUCGACGCCGCAAAAAAUCGGUCGUUCGAUGCGGCCAGCAAUGAAGAAGGAGAGGGAGAGGUCACGACUGAUUUCAAGGCUCUCGUGGAGGGCUUGCAGGGAACCACGGACUACUCCAAGGCUCCUCAGGCAGCGUCCAUGUGACUGACGUCCGAGUGAAUGAACCGCCUCGUUGUCUGAUCUAACCCGUCUUAUUUGUUCUAUUUCAGUACAAGCAAGUGUCAUUUGUGUCCCGGCAAUCUGGCGUUUCGCGCAGUGGAGCACAAUGGGACACGCCUGGAGCACGCCGGCUCUCGUGUGGGGAGCGAGCGGGCUUGAGUCGUUUGGGAGUCGCGGCGUACACAGCAGUCAGUCGUGUUCUCACACAUGGACGCAUACGUGCACAGCAGGCUGCCUAUACCAAAGCCCUGCUGUGUACGUGACGCAUGUACUGCGGCAGCUCCCACGCAUGGGCAUUGUUCGAUCGAUUAGCGCGCGUCGCGCCGUUUGUCGGUUUCGGGUUUUCAAUUUCAAAGUUUACUGCCAUUUUGCCCUCUCUUCCAUGAAUCCAGAACAUGGUAUUUUCCGGGCAUUUUGGAAUGUGUGCACGAGAUGGGCUCCUACGGAUGCCUAUCAUAGAACGUGUUUUUCGGUCGCAAGUCUUUGUUUGCCGUUUGUGUCCGCGCAACUGGGGUUUUGUUGUUUGGUGGGCUGGAGGCAUUCCCAUAAAAGGUAGUUGCCGACCGCCGGGCAUCUUGUCCUUUCGAAUCAAUCGGGGAGAGAUUGGUUAAAACUGAAAGAAGGUACCAAUGCGUGGUUUCGAGCUCCUGUAUACAUUUACGAAUGGCAUUUUUUUACAAUUUGAGGCUCUGUCAGCUGUCUGGACGUCUGGACACGAUGGCUUUUGCGGCGUGUGCUUCUUCCUGUGUCGUUCCCCUUCUUCCCCUCACGCUUUCAAUUGUCGGGGAUUUCGUUUUUUGUGUGUAUUUUGGAGUCGAAAAUUGGCCUUGCUGUCGACACAGUAGCGUCACCCCUGUCCCACUAGUGGCCCGGGUUGGUAUGGCACAACUGGGAGGGUAGGCGCGGUAUUUGUCGAGAGAGUGUUGCGUUGAUGGAGAAGAAAGAGG